AUGGCAAAUGGAGAAGGUUCGGGAAAGAACGGGAUCCAAUGUUUAGAAGAUGAAUUUCGAUGUGACAAUAUUUUAUGUUUACCACUUGCCUUCGUGUGCAAUGGAGAGUUUAAUUGUCGGGAUAAGUCAGACGAGUUAAAUUGUACAACUGCCAUCAUCAAUAAUGGUCUAUGUAAUUUGAAUGUAUCGAUUAAUUGUGAACAAGAAAUUUCACAUAGUAUUAGAUUAAUUGAACACGAUUUUGAUCUAGAAAAAUUUCUCGUUGGAAAGCCGAUACAAAUAUGUAUUCUACGUUCAUCUGUCUGUGAUGGUGUGGUGGAUUGUAAAAAUGCCAUUGAUGAACAAUGUACAAACAUUUUUGAUACACUACUAGGAAAUCCAAUGAUUCAAUGUUCGAAAGAAGACGAAUAUCAUUGUACAACAACAAACAGAUGUAUACCAAAAGCAUGGCUGUGUAAUGGAAUCAACGAUUGUAAAGAUCAAUAUGCGUCAGAUGAAUCAAAUUGUGAAAUGAAUGAGAAAAAUCAAUGUUUAUCAAACGAAAAUAAAUGUAUUAAUAACUCUCAAUGUGUUCAAAAGAUAUUUGAAUGCGAUGGAUUGAAAGAUUGUGUCGAUGGAAGCGAUGAAAGACCAUCAUUGUGCAAUCGACCACGUUUUUGUACACCGGAUCAAUUUUUAUGUAAAAGUUCACAGUUAUGCGUACCAAAAUCAUUGUUAUGUGAUACUGUAACACAAUGUCAUGAUAACAGCGAUGAAUUGAGUUGUACUUGUCCAUCAGAUGAUUAUGUGACAACGAAAUUAUUUUAUCGUUGUGAUAUCAAUACAUGCAUAGAAAAAACAUUAAAAUGUGAUGGUACAAAUGAAGACUGCAUAUUGGGCAAUGACGAGAGAGAUUGUCCAACGUAUACAUCGAAAAUGUGUGUAAAUAAUACAUGUUCAGCUCCCAAUCAAAAUUGUAAGGGUUAUUUUUAUCGUAAAAGAUGUGUUUGUGAAGGUGGAUAUCGACUAAAUUAUACAACAGGAUUAUGUGAAGAUGUUAAUGAAUGUAGCGAGAAAACAAUAUGUGAUCAUUAUUGCAUUAAUCUCAAAGGAUCAUACAGAUGUGGUUGUGCCGAGAAUUAUCAACUAAAUAUUGAUAAACAUACAUGUUCAUUGAGAAAAACGUCAGACACAAUCGAAUCGUACAUGAUUAGUCUUGGAGAAAAUGGUUUAUAUAAAGCAAAGAUGAUUAAUACUGAAUUUGAACUUCAUUCACUUAAUAAUGAAUUUGAUAAACAAUUUUUUAUGGAUACUUCGUCAAUAUUAGUUAAACUGGCUAACGCAUCCAAUCCUUAUCUAAUUGAUUACGACUGGUCUACACAAACUUUCUAUUAUGCUGAAUGUACAACAUUGAUAAGACAAACAAUAAUGUCAUGUGCGAAAACAUUAAAUAUUUAUUCUAUUAAAUUGAAUGAAAGAAUACAAGAGAAAAAAUUAAUUGUAAAUGGUCGAGAUUAUACGUCUGUUCAAUCAAUGGCCGUGGAUUGGCUAGGUAAAAAUUUAUAUUUUGUUAAUACAAGAUUACAAACAAUCGAUGUUUGCAAAUUAAAUGGUAAUUAUUGUAGAAUAUUAUUACAUCAAAUAUACAGUGAUUAUAUACCGCAGAAAAUUUUAUUAUAUCCAGAAAAAGGAUUGUUAUUUUAUACAGCUAUUGUUAAAGGAAAAUCUCAACACAUUGUUCGCAUGAGUAUGGAUGGCAAAAAUUUGAAAUUAUUUUUUACAACAAAAACAAAAUCGGAUACAAUGAAUGCGGAUUAUUUACGUCCUUUAUUGACCAUUGAUCGUAAAUCAGCUUAUCUAUUCUAUUUUAAUGGUCAUGAUCAAAUUUAUACAAUUGAUAUGAAUGGACAUGUUUUGUCACAACAUUAUACAUUUAAUGAAAUGAUAACAAUAAAACCUUUUCAUGCUUUUCAAAUAUUUGCUGAUAAAAUGUAUCAAUCUUACUACGAUGUUAAAACAAAACGUCGUGAAUUUCGUAUAUCGUUAAAAUAUGCAUUAGCAACGAUGCUCUCAGUAAAUAAUAGUAAAACGAGUGAACUCAGUCGAAUGCUUCAACGUUUCUAUCAAUUUCAAUUAUCCACAUUCUUGAAACCACGUUCUUAUUUAUACAAGUUAUAUGUCAGACAUUAUCCAUUGUACAUGAUCGAUUUUAUUAUUGUUCAUUCUUCGCAACAAGCAUUAAUUCAAAACAAUUCUUGUAGUAUCAAUAAUGGUAAUUGUGAACAAUUAUGUUUGUUGAAUGCAAUGGAUCAAACAAAGGUGACGUGUGCAUGUGCACAAUACUAUGAUUUGGCACAAGAUGGAAAAUCAUGUAUACCCAAUUGUCCCGUACAUUUCUUCAACUGUCCAUUAUCUAAAAAAUGUAUACCAUUUUAUCAGCAAUGUGAUGGGAUCAACGAUUGUUUCCUGGGAGAAGAUGAAACUAAUAAAAAUUGUCAGGAAAAACUUUGUAACACACAGAAUGGAACGACAAUCAGUUGUUUGAAUAGUUCAAAGUGUAUAUCCUAUACGGAUUUAUGUAAUAAUGUAACGUCAUGUCCAAGUGGAGAAGAUGAAAAUGAAUUGAUAUGUGGACAUUAUUGUGAGUGGCCCAGUCUAACAACAUGCAAUAAAAAAUAUGGUAGUGUUUGUUCAACGGAAGAAUUUUUAUGUGAUGGUAAAUGUGUUGAUAUAAGUCAUCGAUGUGACGAAACUCCGUAUUGUUAUGAUAGUUCCGAUGAGCCGUUUGAUUGUAAGAAUGUAACAUGUCCCAGCCAUUAUUUCAAAUGUCCAUCUGGUAAAUGUAUAUCAUUAACGAAAGUUUGUGAUAACUUUAACGAUUGUGACGGAUCAUCACAAAAUGAAGACAUUAACAAAAUCGGAGCCGAUGAAACAAAAGAAGCUUGUGAUUCAUUACUAAACACAUCAUCAAUCUUUGUGUGUUAUGAUAAUCAAACGCGUAUACCACUUCAUGAACUUUGUAAUGGUCGUCCCGAUUGUCCCGAUUCUUCGGAUGAAGAUCAUUGUGCAGUACAAACAGUAUGUGCAGUGAACGAAUAUAAAUGUGACGAGCGAUGUUAUCCACACACGAUUAUAUGUAACGGUUUUAUCGAUUGUUUCGAUGGUAGUGACGAACAAAACUGUUCCCAAAUGGCAAUUAAUAGUAGUGCUAUAGGAUGCAAUAGACCAAAUAUGUUUAAAUGUAAAGCAAGUGCUUAUUGUAUUAAUGAAACUUAUGUAUGCGAUGGUGAUCUGGAUUGUGGAGAUUCAUCCGACGAAGAAAAUUGUGGUGAGAAAAAAAGUGUAUUGAAAGAUGAAACUUGUCUAUCCGGUUAUCGAUGUUUACAACAACAACAAAUUGGUGAUAGUACCAAAUGCAUACCUCUGACUGAACUAUGCGAUGGCCAUGCUCAAUGUCCAUUCGCUGAUGACGAACAUAAAUCAGCUUGUCGUAAAUAUAAACAAUUUUCACUUGAUAUCAUAUACAGAAUCGACUGGAUACAUCGUAUUAUUUAUGCUUAUUACAAUGAUCCAUCAUCACUCGAGAGUGGCAUUGAAAUACUAUACUCUAAUGAAAAUUACACAAAUUUAACCUAUAUUCAACGUUUAACGUUUUCUAAUACAAAGACAAUAUCCGCAAUGAAAGUAAACCCAUUUCAAGGAUAUUUGUACAUUAGUAGUUAUUUUGAUUCACAACAUUCAUUAAUUUAUCGUUCUUGGUUAGAUGGAUCAAAGUUAGAAGUAUUUAUUCAGCAUGUGUCGUCACCUAUCCUGAGUAUGGCGAUCGAUUAUCGACAUGCACAACUUUACGUACUUUUAUCAAAUGGAUUAGAUCAUUCAGAAAUUGUAUCUUAUUCAUUGAAUAAUAAACAAUCAUGGAAAAAGACAAUUUAUGCAUUUAAAGAUGUGAAGUCAUAUGGUCUCGAUAUGCACGAUGAUACACUCAUAAUUAUGAAACAAGAAUCUCAAGAUGAUUACCAUGAAGUGUGGCUGGAUAAAUUUAAUCGAUCAAACAUAGAAAAAUAUCAUCAAUAUCGAUUUCCCUAUAGAAUAGAAUAUAUCCAUGAAUACAAAUAUCCAACAAUCGGUAAUUCAAACAUGAUAAAAGAAGUGUGUACAAACGAUAUGUGUAAAUCGAACGGAACGAUCUGUAUUACAUCUCCCGAACAAAAACCAAUGUGUGUUAAUCCUACUGAAAUUUCAGUAUGUGGUUAUCCCUGUCACAGUCGAGGUAUUUGUUCAAAUGACCAAUGUAUUUGUUCAAAUCUCACAUAUACUGGCGAUGACUGUAAAAUGUGCCGUAUUGGCAACGAAGUAAUUGGUUGUGUAGAUGCCACAUUACCGUGUGUUUGUUAUUUAACGAAAUCUUUAAAAUAUCAUACUCCAUAUUCGUGUAUGUCAUUGAUCAAAAGAGAAGAAGUUGAAGUUCCAUGUCGUCGUGUUAUUCAAAUCAGCGAUCGGAAACAAUGUACGAAAAGUUUAUUUAAUCCACCGUGUGUCGAAGAAAACACAAUUUCAUAUGAAACAAAUAGAAAUCGUUGCAGUUGUAUUGAACAAUUAUUUAACACAAGCUAUUGUAACAAUAAUGGAGCUUAUUCACUUGAGGAUGAUAAACCCAUUUGCACAUGCACAUUGCCGGUCACUGGGGAUCGAUGUCAAUAUAAUACUUGCAAAAAUAAAUGUUUUAAUAAUGGAACAUGUACGACUAAUACAACACACGUCAUCUGUCUUUGUCAUGUUAAUUACAGUGGUGAACAAUGUCAAACGUGUGAUUUAAAGUGCAAAAAUAAGAGUGAAUGUGUUCUAAAUGAAAAGAACAUAACAGUAUGUCGAUGUUCACCCAAAUUUUCAGGUGAUCGAUGUGAAUUGACAGUAUCAUCUCAACGACAUUUUCCAUUUAUUAUAUUAUUUUUAAUUACUUUUAUUUUGGUGUCUAUUUAUUCACUCGUACACUUUGGCUCCAGAUAUUUAAAAAGAAAGAUAUUGUACUCUCAUCGUCGUUUAAACGAACAAUUAGGUUUAGAAAUAAAUAAUCCCUCUUAUACAACUGUUCCCACUACGGACAAUACGAAUCGAGACGAAUUAAUUUUUGAUGAUUUACUUACCAAUGAAGAUGUUAAUCCUGUUGAAAAUGAUUCAAAACCAUUCAAACUUGUCAAACGUGAUACAAUAAUGAAUACCGACGAUAUUGAUGAUCCAUUUUAUGUCGAUGAAAAACAACCAAUAUUUAAUGGAAGAACGAUAAUGCCGUUAAAAACAUCGAAUCAAUCACUAAAUCGUAAUUCUAGCAAUGAUAUGUUAUAA